AUGACGAAGAAUAUCAACAUUCGAAAUGCAAGUUUUUAUUGUAUUUAUACUCGAAAUCAUAGUGAGAGUGGAACAUUUCAAGGAAUAAUCGAUGAUCUAUCACGAAUUGCUCAAAUGGGAAUUGAUUUCGUUUGGUUACUUCCAAUUCAUCCCGUUGGAAAAACCAAUCGUAAAGGAACACUUGGUUCACCNAACAUUCGAAAUGCAAGUUUUUAUUGUAUUUAUACUCGAAAUCAUAGUGAGAGUGGAACAUUUCAAGGAAUAAUCGAUGAUCUAUCACGAAUUGCUCAAAUGGGAAUUGAUUUCGUUUGGUUACUUCCAAUUCAUCCCGUUGGAAAAACCAAUCGUAAAGGAACACUUGGUUCACCAUAUUCAAUUGAUAAUUUCCGUGAAAUCAAUCCUGAACAUGGGAAUUUAGAUGAUUUUUGUCGUCUUGUAUCUGAAGUUCAUCGUCAUGGAAUGCGUUUGAUGAUCGAUAUUGUCUUUCGACAUACAAGUCACGAUUGUCCAUGGGCAACACAACAUCCUGAAUGGUAUCUGAGAGAUGAAAGUGGAAAACCAAUUGCACUCGUACCUGAAUGGUCGGACAUCUUAGAUUUAAAAUUCGAAGGCAAUGAAAAAACCUUAUGGAAAGAGUUGAUUGACAUUUUGAAAUAUUGGUGCGAAUUAGGUGUUGAUGGAUUUCGAAUGGAUGUGGCAUCCGGUGUUACAAUGGAUUUUUGGCGUCAAGCACGAAAAGAAGUGUUAGCUGAAUAUCCGAAUAAUAUUUGGUUAGCUGAAUCGACUCGAUUGCCAUACAUCGAAGAUCAUCGUGUUAAACGUGAAUUAGUAAAUACAGAUAAUGAGUUAUACGAAGUAUUUGAUAUUUGUUAUGAUUAUGAUAUCUAUGGAGCAUGGCGUGCAACAACAGCGAAUGCCAUUCCAGUCAAAUCUUAUCUGGAAAUGAUUCGAUUACAAUCAACAAUUUAUCGAAAAGAUUUUAUAAAAUUACGAUUUCUUGAAAAUCACGAUCAACAACGCGUUUCACAUAUCUUUCGAGAAAAUCGUUCAAAAGCAUUGGCAUGGACAAGUUUCAGUUCAUUUUUAAAAGGAUGUUUUCUUAUUCAUGCAGGUCAAGAAACUGAACAAACGAAAACUUCAUCAUUAUUUGAAAAAGAUUGGAAUGAUUGUCAAGAAACUGAACAAACGAAAACUUCAUCAUUAUUUGAAAAAGAUUGGAAUGAUUGUAAAAAUAUGUAUUCAUUACAAAAUUAUUUUCAAGAAUUAAUUCAAAUAAAAAACAAUCCAAUUAUUCAUUCAAACGAUUCGAAUUUUUUUAUUACGGAACAUCAUCCAUGUAUUGUCAUAAUCUGGGAAAAUGAAAAUAAUCGUGAAGGUCUCAUUGGAAUAUUUAAUGUUUCAAAAACAAAUGAACAAUUUAUUCGAAUUCAAGAUUUACCUGAUGGAAAAUAUGAAAAUCUUUUAUCAAAUCCAAAGAUUAAAGAUAUAAUCCAAUAUGAUUAUCCAACAAUCAAUGUAACAAACAAUGGAAAUAUAUUAAUUCCACCUGUUGCUUGUAUUCUUCACUAUUCUGGUUUUGUUCUUCGACCAAAGAUGUUUUAUAGUGAAUUAUUUGAUUUCAAUUAUAAAGGAAUGUAA